CGAUCCUGCGUCGCAUCAAUCAGAUGGAAGCCGCGCCCUGUAACCCUGCAGCUGCCUGAAUACCGCGACUCUGGCUAAAAGAGCUUAUUCAUUCUACCCAAAAUGGCCGAGCCGACGUCUAAGGAACGGAGAAGCGAGAGAAUACAUGCGCAGGAGCAAAUCAGGAAAGGGAAGGAAUACGAGGGGACACAGUAGUGACGACAAGAUAACCCGAGCCGCCUGUGUUUGGGGCACUUGUGUGUGUGUGUGCCAAGUCACUCUUUUUCUGUAUUUUCUCUUCGUCGUGUCGCCCGAUUUCUAUCGGAUUCUCAUCAGGAACUCAUCGCCCAAAGCGAGUGUGGCAGCAGGAUGAGCAGCGGCAUAAUCUGCUCCGACAAGGGGCAAUGUUCAUGAAACAUUUGCGCACCUCCUGGACGGGUGAGGAACAGACGGGAGAAGAUAGAAGGAGCAAAAGUCAACGUCCUUGAUUGCUCCUCAGACGGCAGAAUUGACCCUGGCACGCGGCCUGGCAGCAUAUUUGCAGUUAAUUUGCGUGAGAAACACGCAGUGUCAUGUCCUCCUGGCCAAGGGGAUUUUCCUUGUGUCGCCCAAUUCUGCAUGUGAGACUGCGGGUCUUGGGUGCUUUCUCCCCCAGCCGCGCACCUCUGAUAUUUCCCGUGCGCCCUUGUCCCACCUCCCUCAUGAGCGGGCUGCGACGCUUCGUCUCGUCGGUGGCGAUGAGCCUGUCGGGUCACCUUCGCAACCCUCUCGUCUGAUCACCCGGACCAAAUGAUUAAAGCCCAGCAACCUAUUCAUGCUACACAACACGGAGGAGUGUCGGCCAGCCAGCCAGCCAGCCAGCCAGCCACUAAGCCCCUCUCCCCUUGCGCGCCCAGGGCUUCCUGCCUCCCGAGCCGAAAUGGACGGCAAAUCGGGACGCGGAGCGGCGGCGGAAAAAGAUGGCCAUGCAGCUCACAUGAGUCGCUCUAUCCACGAGCUCGAAAGGAUGGUCAAGCAACACGAGGACUCCUUGCGUAGGGCGAUCCAGGACGCAGCUCGCGCCCAGGGGUCUUCUGGCCCGGCCCAGCCGUCAGCCGCGGCCUCGGUCGAGAUCAUGGCCGCGGGGUACAAGGACGCGGCCGAGUCUGCGCCGCCCCUGCCCGGCCCGGACUCGCUGCUGCCGGCGCUCGUGGCCAUGCGUAAGACGCACAGGACCAUCGAGGAGUCCCGGGCCUUCUUGGCGGCCCAGUCUGCCGCCGCCGACAAGGCGCGGAGGCGGCUCGAGGCGGCAGAGGCGGGUCUGCAGGACCAGCACGCUCUCCAGAAAUGCCUGGAGGACCGGAUCCAGUCGCUCCGCAGCGGGCUCGAGUCGAGGGUCGAAAAGGGCCCCGAGGAGGUCGCGCGGGAGCGGCUCGAGGAGCUGCGGCGCAAAAAGCGAAGCUACGACCAGGAGGCGGCAUCCCUGCUCAAGGCGUUCAACCAGUUCAUCGACCAGCACCUGGCCCCCCUCCUCGCCGCCGAGGAGCUCGGGGGCCCCGUGGUCGGCGACAUGAUGGAGGUCGACUCGGACGGCCUGGUCGCCGGCUUCAGCUCGCAGGGCAAGGUGAAGAAGGCCAAGGACCACGUCGACCAAGGCCUCCGACAGAGGCGAAUCGACGAGAUCUGGGGGAGCCCCUCGGCCCGCCCAGUGUCCAAGCCCAGGGAGGGGUGGGACGAGAAGGCAGCGGCGGCCGCCGACAUGCGGGAGCUGACUGAGGAGCUCCUCAGGAGCCUGGUCGAGUCUGGGGGCGACGGCUGGGCUGCCUACGUGAAGAUUACGAGGGAGUCGGCAGCCGCCAGGUUCUUGGUCCGGUCGAGGGUGGCGCAGUUUCAUCCCAAGGAUGCGACUCGGCUCCGGCUGGUGGACUUUGGCAAGGAGUUAGAUGAUUGAGAAGCAGCGGCAGAGAAGCAGGGGCACUCGUUUGGAUUCUUGCUAGUCGCGGAAGCCGGGCUUCCCUCCCUAUAGUACAUGACCCGACCCGUUAAAGCAUCGGUUGCAUAAGCGCAUGCUGCUCUUGGUCUUGGAGGCAAGGGCUCCUGUUGGUUUGUGGUAUUUUGGGUGAUGCUCUCCGGUGGACGGACGCCGAUAGCAUCUCUCUCUCUCUCUCUAAUUAUCACACUGCUGCUAGCUCGCCACACAAAGGCACAUACACACAGAUGUGAUUCUACUUGGGUG